GGAUGAGAAACUCACAUGUAGGCAAAAAUCUGUCAAGUGCAAGUGGUGCAACUAAAGUGAACGGUGAACUGUGUUGUGUUUUGAUUGAGGUUGAAAGUGUAAAACAAUUUAGGACAUUGCUCUCAAACAAUUAUGGAGCAGUCUCCUUCUAAAACUGAUCAGUUCAAAGAACUGAAAAAGUUAAUUACAACCUUAACUCACACGGGUGAGAAAGAGUUGGAUCCUCCUGUCUUGAAAGGUAUCACCAGGAUAUGCAAAAUUUCCAAUGACUAUGUCAUACAUGCCUACAAUUUGUUGAUAGGAUAUCUAGAGGCCAAUCAUGCAGAAGUGCGAUUGAGUUGUUUUCAGAUUUGUAUUGAACUAUUUAAGCGCUCACACUGCUUUCGUGAAUUGCUCGUGUCAAACUUAGAACAAGUUAUGGCAUUGACUGUAGAGACAGACCUUUCAAAGCCUUUGCCUAAGCCUCGGUCAACUGCCCUGUCCCUAAAGAAACUAGCCCUUACCACUAUACGAGACUGGGCAAAGCAAUAUGGAAGUGGAUACAAGAAAUUACAUCUUGGGAUAUCUUUUCUCAAAAACUGCAAGAGGGUUGAUUUGAACGCUAUGGCACUUGAAGAAGCUGCAGAACAUUCUCGUGAAGAAGAGCUGAAAAGAAGGAAAAAAGCCAUCCAGAAUGAACAUUUUAAGAAAGUUGUGAUUGAAAUCAAGGAAAAGCAGCCUGAUAUAAUAAGUGCUUUAACAGAAAUGGAUAAUUGCUUGAGUCUUCUGCUACCCAGACCUGAAGAUUUUUUCAUUGAUGGUGAAGCUGAGCUACAAGGAUAUGAGGAUACUAAAAAAUUAGAGGAAGCACAUGAUCUAGAUACACGGGACCAAAGCAGCUCCAAAGACUAUUGUAAAACUCCCAGCUCACUGUCUAAUAGUAAAGUUGAAUCAUCUGAGAGUGACGAUGAAGAAGACUGUUUGUCAAAGAAUCCAAUCUUUGACUUUAGAAAAUAUGGAAUAAUUAAUCCACAUUUCAGUAUUACUCUAAAAGUUGAUCCUGCUCAAGGCAGUGAACCUCUAGUUAAAAAGACUGAAGAGAAUGCACCUAUAUUUGAGAGUGCUGAGGAAUUAUUUAAAGUUGUUACAGCUCGAUAUCAUCCAUGUAUCUUGAAAUGGGAAACUAUAUUGGAGAAAUGCUCAGAUCUUGAUGACCCAACUGUCAAAGAGGUUACCCUGAGAAUCAAUGAGCUAAAAUCUAGGCUGGAAACAGUUGUUGACAAGUACAAAAGGCUCAAUAUGGAAGCUUUCCACAAAAAAGUUCUUAGAAAAACCAGUGAUGAGAGUGAUACUUCAGAUUCAGAUUUUGAAGAAGUCCAAAAUAAAGCUGGUUUUGAAGCAUUUUCUAAAUCAGCUCCUGUUAAACCUAGCCCAGCAAAGAAAGAUGAUACCUCACAGAAGAAAAGCUCUGCAUCCAAGGGAGGAAAUAAGAAAGAUUGGUCUCUAAUCUCAGAUGAAAAUAAUGAAAAGGACCCUACAUCUGUUUUCAGUACAUUAUCCACUUUCUCUAGUAAAACAUCAGAGGUGGCACCUUCAACAAGUAAAAGUUCACCCUCAACCAGUUUAUCCUGUAAUAAUAGAGAAAAGAGUAAAUUUGUUGUAGAGCAAGAGAAAUCCUGUUCAGAUGUACCCAGCUUCCAUGACCAGCCUGGUCCAUCAGAUGAUAGAAAGGCAAAACUUCUUUCACUUGCACCAAAAUUACCAUUUGAUAUUGAUUUGUACCACUGGGAGGAUGAGAAGAUAGAAGCUCCAACUAGACUUACUGUCAAACCAGAUGGUCAUCGCUUCUGGCAAAAGACUGCAGAAGACAGAGAUGAGAUUCGUGAUCCAGAUGGUGAAGCUAGCCUGCGCACUCGAGUUAUUGAGUUCACUGGGAACUUUGAGAAAGUAAAAUGGACUUGCAGAGCUCCACUUCCUAGUGGAAAAUUAUGUCCAAGACAGGAUAGAGUUAAGUGUCCAUUUCACGGGAAAAUCAUUGCCAGAGAUGAAGUAGGAAAACCAACUAUUCCUGAAGAUCAGCAAGCUGAGCUAGAACGUUUAGAAUUAGAAAAAGCAAAUGAAGUUCCUGAUUGGCAAGAUCCGAAACUCCUCGCAGAGCUCAAAGAGUCUACUGGUAUGGAUUUGAGAAUGCCAGAUAAAACCAAACGAGGAUGGAGGAAGCAUAAACCAGAAGAGAAGAAAUACGUUGGCUUAACUGACCUUAAGGCCAGCCACAAUACAACCUACAAUAGACUUUCAAAAAAAGUCUUUGAAAAAUCAUCAAUGAGAAGAGUGGCAGCUGAUUUAAAUAAGUUAGACAGGAAGCGAUUUCGAGACAAAUACGGAGAUCAGUUUAAUUAUGUUUUUGAUCACUGAGUACCUGAUUAAUUAAGUGAAGCACAACCUGUAAUAUAUUUUUGUGUGAGCCCUGGGGCUGUCAAAAUAAGAUACGGUUUGGCCGACCGACCGACCGUCAACCUCGGAACGACCAGGAUGACUGAAAUAUCGUGUUCGGGGGUUUUCUCGCACGCUGAGUCCAAAUCUGGUAGUGCCGAUGUCGUCCGGGCCCCCCGGGGACGUCAUUGGGGACCUCCCAAGCACGCCGAUGACACUCACACGACAAAUACGAUUCGGCUCCAAACGUCGUGUUCCUGGGCUGGUGCAUAUUUCACAAAAGUCGACAAAUAAAUUUAUUAUUAAUAGCAAA